UGACCAAACAAACACCGCCCUUGUUAAAAUUUCUCUAUAUAAACACCCUCACACCUUUCCCGAAUUUCUAGCUCCAACUACCGUAACACAAAAAAUAGCUGGAUUGUUCUGGAGAGAGGAAAAAAAAAAAACAUUUUGCGAAUUGCUGCCAUGGAAGACCUUCAAUCUGCACAAUCAAAAGCAACCCAUGUCGCCAUUCUUCCCAGUCCCGGCAUGGGACAUCUCAUCCCCCUCGUCGAGUUCGCCAAGCGACUCGUCCACCUCCAACACAGCUGUAUCAACGUCACCUUCAUCGUCCCCACCGACGGACCGCCCACCAAGGCCCAAAGGUCCGUCCUUGCCUCCCUCCCCACCUCCAUAAAUCACGUCUUCCUCCCUCCCGUCGACCUCGACGAUAUCCCCGGAGGAACCAGUAUUGAAACCAUCAUUUCUCUGACCGUGGCUCGCUCUCUUCCUUCCAUUCGUGAGGCCUUGAAGUCGUUGGCUGAAACUAAUAAGCUAGCGGCUCUCGUUGUUGACCUCUUUGGCUCCGACGCCUUCGAUGUUGCCAGGGAAUUCAACGCCUAUCCGUACGUAUUCUUCCCCUCCACGGCCAUGGCUUUGUCUUUGUUCUUGUAUCUGCCGAAGCUCGAUGAAAUGGUUUCUUGCGAGUACAGAGACCAUCCUGAGCUGGUGAGAAUUCCUGGGUGCAUUCCAAUUCACGGCAAAGAUUUGCUAGACCCGGUUCAAGACCGGAAAAACGAGGCCUACAAAUGGCUGCUUCACCACGCAAAACGCUAUCCCAUGGCCGAGGGAAUUAUGGCGAACAGCUUCCUGGAGUUGGAACCAGGAGCUAUAAAAUUUUUGCAAGCAGAAGAACCUGGGAAACCGACCGUUUACCCUGUUGGGCCGCUCGUGAAUAUGGGCUCAAGCGUUAAGGUUGAGGGGUGCGAGUGUCUGCAAUGGUUGGAUGAGCAGCCACAUGGCUCGGUCUUGUUUGUCUCUUUCGGAAGUGGUGGAACCCUCUCUUCUCACCAGAUUACUGAGUUGGCUUUGGGGUUGGAGAGGAGUGAGCAGAGAUUCUUGUGGGUAGUGAGGAGCCCAAAUGAUGAAGAUUCCAGUGCCACUUUUUUCAGUGUCCAAAGCCAGAAAAACCCUCUUGAUUUCUUGCCAAAAGGAUUUGUGGAAAGGACCAAGGGGCGGGGUUUAUUGAUUCCAUCUUGGGCACCACAGGCCCAAGUCCUGAGCCAUGGCUCUACCGGAGGGUUCCUAACCCACUGCGGUUGGAAUUCCAUCCUCGAGAGUGUUGUGAAUGGCAUACCUUUGAUUGCUUGGCCGCUUUAUGCAGAACAGAAAAUGAAUGCCAUUAUGCUGACCAAGGACAUCAAGGUGGCUUUGAGACCAAAGCAUAACGAAAAUGGAAUUGUAGUAAGAGAUGAAAUUGCCAGAAUUGCCAAGGCUUUAAUGGAAGGUGAAGAAGGGAAGGGGGUGAGGAGCCGUAUGAAGGACCUCAAGGACGCAGCUUCAAAGGCUCUGAGUGAAGAUGGGUCUUCCACAAAGACGCUGUCCGAGUUGGCUCUCAAGUGGAAGAACAAAAAUUAAAAACUUAAUUAGACUUUGCAUACACCCAGUAUAUUUUGAUAUAUUUCUUUUAUGUUUGUCUACAGCACAUGAUUUGUACUAUACUUUUAUGUUUCGAUUAGAAAUGGUACGACGCAUAUACUAUAUACCACAA